AUGUCGGAGCCGUCCUUGCCGCCGCCGCCGCCGCCUUCGCUGAUGGAGGAGCUUAUCGAAGAGAUCCUCCUCCGCCUCCCGCCGCAGGAGCCCGCGAGCCUCUUCCGCGCCGCGCUCGUCUGCAAGCCUUGGCGCCGCCUCGUCACCAGCCCCCGCUUCCAGCGCAGAUUCCGCGAGUUCCACCGCCGCACGCCCCCCAUGCUGGGAUUCCUCUGCGACAACCACGGCGACGGCGACCGCUGCAGCUUCGUGCGCACAACGGCCUCCUCCCCGCUGCAUGCCACCACAUCCCGCUGGCGCCCGCUGGACGCGCGCCACGGCCGUGUCCUCCUACGGGAACCCACACGGAACGUCCUCGUCGUCUGGGACCCCAUCACUGACGACCGGCAGGUGCUUCCCGUCCUGCCGCGGUGGGCGGUAACCUGCACCGCGGCGAUUCUCUGCGGCGCCGCAGCCUGCGACCACCAUGAUUGCCACCGUGGUGGAUCUUUCCUCGUGGUUUUCGUGGGCACUGAUCCAAGGAACAUGUUCGUCUGCACCUACGACUCGUCUGAUUAUUUUGCCGCCUGGAGCGAGCCAAUCUCCCUUCACCACCUCAAUGACUGCUACAUCUACGCUGCUUCCAACCUUGCACUACUGUGA